AUGGAUCCACUUGGUGAUGAUUGUGAAAAUGAAGCUGAUGAUGAGCAACCUAUUCAAGCAGACACUGCUUUGCAUGCAAGAAAAUCUGCUAGAGAGCACAAAGCCCCAACAUGGAAUCAAGACUAUCUGAGCUGCAAUGAAGAGAUGGGAUGUUCAAUGGACAUGAAGAAUGCUCUUCUUCAUGGAAAAGUAGAAGAAAAUGUAUAUAUGAAGCUGCCUCCAGGAUACUUGGGUGUGGGCUUCAGAUGGUCAUGUAAAGAUGAUUCCUACGGAGAGAUGUUGAAUAAUCCUGAAGUAUAUCAAAGGCUCAUAGGCAGACUCAUUUACUUGACUCUAGCUAGGUCAAACAUAGCUUAUAUAGUCCAUGUCUUGAGUCAGUUCAUGCAUAAGCCAACAAGCACUCACUUACAAGCAGGAAAAAGGACGUUGAGGUAUCUCUCUGGGAGUACAGAUCAAGAAAUUCUUCUCACUUUUGAAGCUUGUGCAGAACUCAAGACCUAUUGUGACAGUGAUUGGGCAGGAUGUCCAGUGACUAGGAGAUCUACAUCUAGGUUUUGUAUUCUUUUGGGGAAAUCUCCUAUCUCAUGGGGAGCUAAAAGACAAAAUGUAGUGUCAAGGUCAACUGCUGAAGCAGAAUUCAGAUCUAUGGCUCUAAUAGUAUGUGAAGUUGUAUGGUUGAAGCAAUUGCUCAAAGAGUUGGGCAUCAAGAAUACUGGCAUCACAUCUAUCCUUUGUGACAAUUAA